AUGGAAAAGCCAGACACUAAGGAUACAGUGGAAGAAGCAUCCACAAAAAAGGAGCUACUGGACAAAGCGCAUACAAAAAAUGAGCCUUCAAAGAGAAUCAUUGUUAAAUUCGUGCCUGAAGACGAAGUUGUAUUAAGGCACACCAUAAAAGUAAUUCAACAGUCCACCGAUUGUGCUGAGAAGAAAGGGCCCAGUAUGAUUGUCAGAUCUGUCAAUUUGAAUGACGGGAUUCAAAUAAGACGGAGAUUCGGUGAAGGUGCCAAGCCUCUAUUUGAUCGCGAUGAUGUAAAGGUGAAUACAGUUGAGGAUUGCGGAAGUAGUUCCGAUCACAAAUCCAAAUAUCCCAAAGGCUCCAGUCCUUUCAAACACUAUCAUGGAGUACUGCAUGAAAAAUCUCCGGACACUUCACGAAAUUUAGACGGAAAACAUGAACGUGGCGAAAAACACGAUUAUAGGCGGAAAAGCAAAUCGGAGAAGACAAAUUUGAAACAGAUUAUAAGCAAACAAGCUUACGAAAGAAGUAAAAAACCAUAUUUCAGUGAUCCCAUUCGGGAGAGGGAUCGUUUAAGGCGUCUCUAUGGUAGUCCCAACGCACGAAAAUCUCGGUCACAUUCCCCUAGCUACAUUAGAAGGCGAAGUUCACCGAGAUCUCGGCGUGUAAGCAGUAGUCCAAGAAGUAGACGUUCCAGAAGUCGAAGUAGGCGCCGAAGCUCCUCCCGGGACAGGUCUUCUCGGAGGCACCGUUAUGAUCACAGAACACAUCAUCGUUCUCGUACACGCUCGCCAAGACGGAAUCGUUCCAGACAUAGAAGUUCCUCCCCUAGAGAGCGGGAUGAAAGAGGGACAAAUUUUCAAGAAACGCCACAUCGUAAUAUUCCCCCGACACUACCAGCAGCAUUGCCAAAUUUUUCCUGCCCAUAUCAUAUUCCUCAACCAAUUUUGACUUUCCAUGGUGCGCCCCAGCGUCCUUUUACAGCAAUUAGACAUUUUGCUCCUCCUGCGCUAUACGGAGGACUCACACCAACGAUGCCCUACAUCCAAAUGCCAUACAUCCCAAUGCCUGCUGCAUCAUAUCGCCCACAUACAGGUCAUAGGUAUCCACCGCCUAGACAGAACAUUAGCAGUACACACGUUCGAAAUAAAAAACAAUUUCCUAAGUCAUAG